AUGUCUCCCAAGAUCAUCACUGUUUACGGUGCCACUGGCAACCAGGGUGGAAGUGUGGUCAACUCCCUUCUCGGAAACAAGUCUGGCAACUUCAAGAUUCGAGGUAUCACCAGAAACCCAGACUCUGACAAGGCCAAGGCUCUUGCUGCUCGCGGAGUUGAAAUUGUCAAGGCCGAUGGCCUGGUAAAAGAGCAGAUGGUCGCAGCGUUCAAGGGAACCUGGGCCGUCUUUCUCAACACCAACUCUCCCGACCCUAUUUUCCAUCAACCAGGGGGUAUCUCUGAAAGCGACCAUGGCAAGGAGGUCGUAGAUGCAGCCUUUGAGGCAGGUGCGGAAGUUUUACUCUAUAGUGGCACAUCAUCUCCCGCCAAGAUCACGAACGGAGCCAUUGUCAGCGAGGGAAUGGAUGAGAAGUAUGCCAUUGCUGAAUACGCCAAGUCCAAGGGCUUUAAGAGUGCCGUCAACGUCGGCACUGGUUGGUACCUUGAGAACCACUUCAACCCCGAGUUCACUGGCCUCCUUGGAGGUCUCCCCUACACUGAAGAUGAGGAGGGCUAUCUCACUCUGUCAAUGCCCAACUGGGGCGGAGACAACACCAUCCCGUUCAUCUCGAUUGCAGAUGACUAUGGCGACAUUGUCCACGGUGUUCUUCUUAACCCAGAGGCGUACAACGGGCAAUUUGUUCAGAGUAUCAGCCAGCUUGCCACUCCUGUAGAGCUUGCUGCUGCAGUUGAGAAAGCAACUGGCAAGAAGUCCCGCUUCAACGAAAUCAAGGACUGGAAAACAUUUGAGACGUACGGAGACCCUGAGGUUGAGACCGUCAAGAACCUGUUUGGCUUUGUCAACUAUACUGGCGGCCAUUACUUUGGUGUUCCCAGUGACAUUACCCUCUCCAGGAAGUUGAAGGCGGACGCUGCGGCAGCCAAGGGCCUUGGAGCAGAAGACGGCAAGCUUACGACUGUUGACCAGUUCGCCAAGAAGGUUCUAUCUGCAUGA